AUGAUUACAAAAUAAUCAGAAAAUAUUUUACUCAUUAUUUUAAGGUGUUUUCGAGAAGGAAAAUGUUUAGAAGCAAUUAGUUAUAUAAAGAGAAUAUUUUCUGGAAAAGAAUAAAAUUUAUUAGGAUUAGAUUUAGAAUAAACCUUGAAGUAAUUGAGAUUAGAAAAUGAUUCAUUAGGAUGCAAAAAAUUAAAUGAAAAUGCUCGUUAAAGUCAUCCAGGAUGGGUUGAAUUAUUAUGCAGUCUACUAUAAUAUUAUAGGGAAAGAGAAAGAGGAAAUGCUUAAGUUAUUGAGCAUUUUGAAAAUCUUUUCAAAAAUACUAAAUGGCUUCUAGAUGAGUAACGUCAUGAAAUCUAUCAAUUUUUAUGUAAGUAGGUUGUUACUGAAUAAUGUAAAAUUGUCUAGAUAAUGAAAAGAAAAGCAAAUGAUCCUGAAGCUAUAAAAUAAGUUACUGAUGUUUAAGACAAACUUGAAAACAAAAGCUUAUAGAUAUUUAAUGAAAUGGGAAGAGAAGUCAACAAUAAAAAUAUGUAAAAAUUUAAGUUACUGAAUGCUAAUUAACAAAUGAAAAUUUAUUUUAAAGCCUUUAAAUUUGAUAGUUUAGCUGGAUGUGAUAAAGUUGAAAUAGAAUCAAAUCUUCUAUUAACAUCACCUAAAUAGGAUUAAAUAACAUAUCAUUAUUAUAAAGGUAGAAUCCUUAUUUUUGAUUCUAAAUUUUAUGAAGCAUCCUAACAUUUAACUUAAGUUUUAUAAGAAUGUCCAAGAACUUAAAAAGGAUUAUCAUGUGCAACGCAAGUUUUAAAAUAUUUAAUUCCAGUUAAUAUGUUUAUAGGAAGAUAUCCUAACAAAGAAUUAAUUGAUUAAUUUAAAGAAUAUGAAUUACUAUGUAAAAGUGUAAGAUAAGGAAAUAUUUCUGGCUUACAAUAAGCUAUUGAUAAAUAUCGAUCCAUUUGGAUUAAGAGAAGUUUAUUAAUUUUGAUGGAUUAAUUAAAAAUACUCUGCUAUAGGAAUUUAUGCAGAAAAGUUUGGCUCAUUAAUGAUUAAGCCAAUAAAAUUCGUUUGGAAUAAUUUUAAAAAGUACUUUUACUAUAAUUUAGUCAAUCAGGCAUUUCGGCUAUCGCAUCCAACAAAUAAAAACCCUUCAAUCUCUGAAGUUUGUUGCAUAAUAGCCAACUUAAUUUAUUUAGAAUUAAUUAAAGCCAAUAUAUAUUUGAAUGACGAAAAAAAUCUUUAUGCUAUCAGUCUUAGUCCUUAAUAGCCUUUCAAAGAGAAACCAGGAGAAAUUAAAUGGUAAAAAUGAUAUCUG